AUGUUCGCUUCUCUCUCCGGGUCAGUCUACUCAAUUAUGACCCGCUCGUUAGUCUUGGCUUUGCCAUGGGCGUAUACUGUACAUGGGCUCCUUGAGGUUAAGAAUCUUGCUCUAGAUUUGAUUAAAGUGCGGGGAUCGCCGCUUGCUAGUGCACUUUUCUUCUAUCACGCAAGCUUCAACUUGGAUUGCAAAGUUGACGCGAUUAAAGAGGCGUCAAAUAUUGAUUUUACCACUAUCACACAUCUCAGCCAUAUCUCACACGACAUGGCACAUAUGCACAGUUCGGCCUUCUACCCUGAUCUGAAAGAUCAAAUAGCCGUGGUAAUAGGAGCAGGUCAAGCCGGCGAUCCCAAUUCCAAAUUCUGGGGCAACGGAGCAGCAAUCACCAAAGUUCUCAGCUCAUCGGGAGCCACGAUAAUAGCCUGCGAUAAAUACGGUCGCAUCGAUAUCCUCGUCAACAACGUCGGCGACACCACAACCGGUGACCCAGCAACCAUGACCGAAGAAGCUUGGGACGCCCAACUCCAGCUAAACUUGAAGACAGUAUUUCUCAGCUGCAAUGCCGUGCUGCCCGUUAUGGAGAAACAGGGAUUCGGGGCCAUCAUCAAUAAUGCUUCGAUCGCAGGCAUGCGAUACCUUGGUAAGCCGCAGGUGGCGUAUGCGUCUGCUAAGGCGGCGGUGAUUCAUUUUACCAAGGUCACUGGGAUCAUGUAUACGGGUAGGGGCGUUCGAGUAAACUCGCUUUCUCCGGGUAUGAUGUAUACGCCGUUAUUGGAGAAGCUUGGCAGGAGCGGAUUGGCGGAGGAGCGCGAGAUCCACAAGAAGAUUACGGAUCAUAAUGUGCCCCAGGGUAGUAUGGGUGAUGCCUUUGAUUUUGCUAAUGUUGUUGCGUUCUUGGCGAGUCGUGCUUCGCGGUACGUCACUGGGCAGAAUCUUGUUGUUGAUGGGGGGCUUACAGGCUCGACUGGGACUGGAGGUAUGCCGAAGUUGGCAUCUAAACUCUAG